AUGGAAGACCAGGAGCUAGCCAGCGAUGAAAAUCUCGAUAGGGCGUCUCCGGAACUCUGGCCCGAUCAAAGUGUUUCGGAAUUUAUAUCAACAAGACAGCCAGAUCUAAAUAUUCAGACGCCAUCUAAAUACAGGACGGACUUGGACAAAGAAGAUCUGGAGUUGAUACAUGAUUUUGGGAGUUUGUCAACACAGCAGCUCAUGGACAAAAUUAAACAUUUGCAAAAUCUGGCUUACCAAGUUGGACUAGAAGAGUCCAAAGAAAUGGCCCGUGGAAAAUUCUUGAAUAUAUUGGGGAAACGCUGA